AUGUCGUCGCAGCUGGUGCCCACCGAUCCCUCCAUGCACUCGGAGAUGGUGAUGCCGUCGCAGACGACCAGCGCCCGCUACUCGCUUGACGGCUGGCGGCGCCACUCGCAGCAAUGGCGCGCUGCGCAGCGCCUGAGCCAGGCCCUGCUGGUGCUGGUGUACCACGCGUACCUGGCGUGGUGCGUACUACACGGCUGGCACCGCGGGGGCUGGUGCAGCGGCGGGCGCUUCCUACUGGCGCUCACGCUGCUCGUCUACGCCUCCCUGGCGGUGUUCGGCGCAGCAGCGGUUCUCGAGGCGGUCACCAGGAGUAGACCCGGUCUCGGCAGCCUGUUCGCUUGGAGGAACAAAAUAUGGGGCACGUGUCUGGCGGUUCUGCUCGGGGGAAUGCUGUGGGACAUAAACGGGGAAUUAAAGCGAAUGUCUUCGCUGGCCGGAAUCGUCCUCUUGCUGCUGCUGGGCUACAUGUUCUCCAAUAAUCGCAAUCAGAUCUCGUGGGGUCCAGUGGUGGGCUGCAUCGCAGCCACUUUUCUAGCCGGCCUGGUUCUUCUUCGGUUCGACCUAGGAGCGCCUCUGGCGACCUGCGCCGUGAGCAAGCUGCGUAGCUACGUGUCCUGGCUUACGGCUGGCGGGCGCUUCGCCUUCGGAUACCUGGCGCAGGGGGCGAACAUGAGCCGACCCCUGACGAACGUCACGCCCGUCGUACGAGACGAUGUCGUCGAUAUACCGCCUGUGUUCGCGUUCAGCGUGCUGCCCUCGCUCUGCUACAUGGCUACGCUCUUGCGGAUAUUGUACUACGUGGGCUUCAUGCAGGCCUUUCUAGGCAACAUCCACCACUACGUCAACGUUGGCCCAAGCUUCAACUCCUACGAGGUCUUGAUCGCACUCGUCAGCGCUGUGAAUGGCCCCAUGGAGUCGAUGCUGCUCGUGCACCCGUACCUGCUGACCAUGUCGAGAUCCAGCCUGCAUUGCAUCCUCACUCUCGAUUGCGGUACCGUCUCGGGACGGCUUAUACCAGUCUACGUGGACCUCGGGGCAAAUGAAAAGAAAUUUAAGCCAGGGUAG